AUGAAUUCCCUAGAUACUUAUACUCUCUCCGAAAAAACCAAAAAAAACUUACAAGCCAUUGGUUACAGUAAAUUAACUAAUAUUCAAGAAAAAGUAAUUCCCUUAAUCUUGGAAGGAAAAGAUAUUAUUGCCGAAUCCCAAACUGGAACCGGAAAAACGGCAGCUUUUCUUAUUCCUAUUUUAGAAAAAUUAGCAGUUAUUGCUAAACCCCAGGUGCUGGUUUUAGUUCCCACCCGUGAAUUAGCCUUACAGGUAAGCGAGGAUGCUCGCAAAUUAUCCCCCCAUAGUAAUUUACGAACUUUAACAGUUUAUGGACAAGAUUCCAUUCGCGAACAAUCCAAAUCAUUUCGGCGGGGCGUAGAUGUAAUAAUUGGCACCCCGGGACGGGUUAUUGACCACAUUUUUGACCAAAAGACUUUUGCUUUGGAUUAUCUAAAAUUUGUGGUGCUGGAUGAAGCCGAUGAAAUGAUUAAUAAAGGCUUUUUGCCCUCUAUAACUAAAAUAAUAAAAAAAACUCCAAGCAGUCGGCAAACUUUACUUUUUUCUGCUACCAUUACUCCCCAAGUAGCCAAAUUUGCCCAAAUUUACUUGAAAAAUCCCGCCCAAGUCAAAGGAGAAACGGGAAACUUAGCGGAAAUCAAUAUUAAACAUUAUUAUUUGGAAUGCCCGGCUCGGCAAAAAACUUUCUUUUUGCUUGAUUUUCUUCGCCUCCAUAGUUCGGAAUUAGUGAUUAUCUUUGCUAACACUAAAAGAAAAGUGGAAGAAGUAGAAAAAAGUCUAAGCCGGGAAAGUUUAAAGUUUGAUUAUAUUCACGGCGAUUUGACCCAAACCCGUCGAACUAAGGUUUUUAACAAAUUUAGAACCAAACAAAUCAAUAUCCUAAUUGCGACCGAUGUGGCCGCUCGGGGGCUACAUGUUAACGAUAUUUCUUAUGUGGUUAACUAUGAUUUUCCCCAAUCCAAUGAAUUUUAUAUUCACCGAAUUGGACGUACGGGACGUGCCGGAGCGAGUGGUAAGGCUAUAACCUUUAUUACUUCCCCCCGGGAAAAAAAACAAUUAAUGUUUAUCGCUCGGCAAAAGAAAUAUCAACUUGAACCCUUUACUUUGCCUAACAAGGAGCAAAUUAAUCAAAUUUUAGAAGAUAAAUUAUUAGCCAAAAUUACGAAAAUUAUGGAGGAUAAACCAAAUAAAUUUAAUAAUGAACCAAAAAAAAUCCAAGAAUUAAGCGAAAAAUAUGGUGCCGAAAAGCUAGUUACUACUUUAUUUAACUUGCUGCAAAAAUCAGCCCUAGAUAAAAGUUCUGUGCCUAAGGGAACUAUUGACUUGAUAAUUACUUCUCCUCCCUAUAAUGUAGGAAUUGAAUAUGGUUCUAACAAAGAUAAUCUAACUUAUGAAAAAUAUUUAAAGUUUUCCAAAACUUGGUUGAAAAAUUGCUACCUUUGGAUUAAACCGACCGGAAGAUUAUGUCUAAAUGUUCCUUUGGAUAAAAAUAAAAACGGAAAAAAUAGCGUUUGUGCUGACAUUACAACAAUCGCUAAAAAAAUUGGCAGUUGGUUAUCAGCUUCGGCACCUUUUAUCAUUUCUCCGGUGGAAGUGAUCAUCAUUUUUUAUAAAGAAAAUUGGAAAAGGAACGAAAAAGGAAUAUCCGAUAUUAAUAAAAAAGAGUGUGUUAAAUUAUUUUCUUUUGUUGGUGAUACUAUCCUUGAUCCAUUUACGGGCAGCGGAACUACAUUAAUUGAAGCCAUUAACCAUCGACGCUACGCCUUAGGACUAGAGAUUGACCAAGAAUAUAUAAAAAGAAGUUUAAAAAGGAUAAAGAAAGAAUGCUAUUUAAACGUUGCUGAUACUGAUAAUAAAAAUUCUGGAAAAAAUAUUAAUUCUCCUUCUGAAUUUAUAAAGUUAUCGUGGGAAAAAGUAUUAAACAAUGACUUGUUAACUAGGAAUGAUAAUGGAGCAUUGUUCGAAUAUUUAAUAGCGGUAUGUCUGUCGGUUAAAAAGAUACUGCCAUUUUACCUGCAAGCCAAGGUAAGUUUUGUCCCUAAUGCCACUUAUGACAUCGUUUUGUAUAGUUCGGAAGGGUAUCCAAUAACUUUAAGCAUUAAAACUUCUCUUCGUGAAAGGUAUAAACAAGCUGAUUUAGAAGGGUUAGCGUUAAAAAAUGUUCAUCGCCGAGCCAAAAAUUACUUGAUUACUUUGAGUGCUAAAGAAUACGAAGGAGUUAGGAAAAAAAUUCAAGAGGGGGAUGUAGCAGGCCUAGACAAAAUUAUACUUGCUGAUAGUGAAGAGUUCGAUUCACCUAAAUAUUUACCAGGAGCGGUAGAAGAAGCUGGGCUCCGCAGAAUAGUUAUCGCCCCCCCCCUAGAAAAUUUAAAAAUACCGGAGUUUAAGCAAAUUUUAGCCCAAAAUAAACUGGAAAGUAGGCAAGUUAUCAUUCACGGUCCUUACUUAAUUAAUCUGGCUAAUGCUAGCAAUCCCCAAGUUUUUUUUUGGUCUGUGGAAUUUUUAAAAAAAGAAUUGAUACGGGCGGAAAAAAUUGGUGCUAAAAUUUUUGUGCUCCACCCGGGAAGUGCUUUAAAAUCUCCACUUCCCGCCGCCUUAGACCAAGUGGUUAAAGGCCUUGAUUUAGCCCUCCAAACUAAUUCUCAAAUCCGAGUUGCCUUAGAAACCAUGAGCGGAAGAGGAAGUGAAGUGGGUACCGCCGGCUACGACCUUAAAAAUAAUUUAGAGCAAAUAAUUAGUGAUUUUGAGGAAAAAAUUGGUUUAGAAAAACUGUGGGUUAUUCAUGUCAACGAUUCUCUUUUUGAAUUAGGGAGUAAACAAGACCGCCACCAAAAUCUAGGCUAUGGAAAAAUUGGUUGA